AUGUCGCACUCUGGCUUAAGUGAUUUGCUCGAGCCGCUGUUGGCAUUGAAAGCUGAAGUAGCUCAGAAGGCAAACAUGCGACUUGAAUUCGAUGGCCUCCUAGGCUGCACAGCUUUGACUGAUCCUCAGAGCGAAUACUACGGCCGCCCAGAAGAAUACGCGAUGGAUCGGUAUAUGUACGUGUUGUGUAAUAUCUGCCAGAAGGCGUACUUUGGAGGAGAGAGUCGUUGUCAAAUGGCCCUGCAGUCGUUCCAGUACAACGCCGCUGAGCUGGUUUGUGGUGGCUGCUCAGCACCAGCAGGUACGGAGGUUUGUGGUCGUCACGGUGCCGAAUAUCUCGAAUACAAGUGCCGGUACUGCUGUUCGAUUGCCGUCUAUUUUUGCUUCGGUACAACGCACUUCUGCGCGGCCUGUCAUGACGAUUUCCAGCGUCUCGUCUGUCUACCUCGGAAUCAGUUCCCUCCAUGUCCCACCGGUCCCAGAGCGACUCCGGGUGAAGGACCUUGUCCCCUGCGGCGACCACAUCCGCCGGCUGGCGAAGAGUUCGCUCUGGGUUGUGGUAUUUGCAGAAACAUCAGCACUUUUUAG